GAGUUGUCAAAAUACAAAAUUGUUGAUAUCAGCUGAUAUUGUGAUAACCUCGACAUUAUUCUUUAUUUUUUCCUAUUUAUAAGUAAUUUUAAUAAUACAUCCAUAUGUGUAAAAGAUAUUUUAACCUACGAUAUGUGUACACACGAGGAAAUAAGCGAAAAUCUGACGGCACAAGUUUGCGAACUAGAAACAUUACAAUCUGUUUACCCAAAGGAAAUAGUUAUUACCGACCAUGGAGUAUUAGCUGAUAUACAUGAUUUUUUAAAAAAUCCUACGCAAGAUUUUCCCCAUAGAUUAGAAUAUUCAGUUGAAAUUUCGUUAAGCAAUGGAACAAUUGAAUUAUUAGUUAGUCUACCACCAAAUUAUCCUAAUGAUAAACCUGAGAUUUAUGCAAGGAAUUCACUGUUAAAUCGAAUCCAACAGUUGCAAUUAAAUAAAGCAUUAAAGAAUGUUGUUGAAAAUCAAGAACCAGGCGAGCCUUGUAUUUACGUGUUGAUAUUAUGGUUACAAGAUAAUGGUGAAGAUUAUCUUGUAGCUUCUAAUGAAAAUCAGGAGAAAGAAUUAACUGACAUAAGUAAAAAUAAAGAAGAAAAAUCUAUAACUUUUGCUAGAUAUUGGAUCUAUAGUCAUCACAUAUAUGGUAAAAGUAAAAGAAAAGACAUAAUUGAUUUAGCAAAAGAGAACUCUAUUACAGGCUUUUGCCUAGCAGGAAAGCCUGGUAUCAUUUGUAUGGAAGGGGUCUUUGAAGACUGUGAUUAUUGUUGGCAAAAAAUUAAAUCUAUGAAUUGGCAGAAAAUACUAAUAAGACUGUUGGAAAAAGAGGAAAACCAUAGUGGCAUAGAUAGCAUUCGUAAAUUUAGUGAUUUCCGAGAAAUAUCUUUUCCCUCUUCUGAGCGUCAUAAUGAUAUGGGUCAAGUGGAAAAUGUAAGAAUAUUAGACAAGUACAGUAAUAAUCAUUCUAUUGGUACUCUCUAUUUAACUGUAACGCAUCUUAUAUUCACAGAACAAAGUGGAAAGAAAAAAAUUUGGGUUUUAUAUACGCAUAUUUCAAACAUAGAAAAACAACCAUUAACUACAACAGGUUCUCCGUUGUGUAUUAAAUGUAAACAUUUUUUUAUUGUAACAUUUGUUAUUCCAAAAGAAAGAGAUUGCCAUGACAUAUAUCUUACAUUAUCAAAAUUAUCUUGUCCAGCAAAUAUAGAGGACCUUUAUUGUUUUAAUUAUCAAGCAAGUAAAGAUACUUUACCACAGCAUGCAGGAUGGAAUUUUUUUAAUGUACAAAGUGAAUUUCAAAGGCAGGGAGUCCCAAAUGAUGAAUGGUCUUUGACAUACUUAAAUACAAAUUAUGAACUUUGUGACACUUAUCCAAAAUAUUUAUAUGUACCUAGCACGUGUGCUAAUAGCACUUUAAUAGGCAGUGCAAAGUUUAGAAGUAGAGGAAGAUUACCAGUUUUAACAUACUUGCACUCUAACAAGGCUGCCGUUUGUCGUUGCAGUCAACCUUUAUCAGGAUUCAGUGCAAGGUGUCCUGAGGAUGAACAAAUGAUGUAUAAUAUUUUACGUACAAACUUUAAUUCAAAGUAUAUGUAUGUUGUGGAUACACGACCGCGCAUCAAUGCCUUUGCCAACAGGGCAGCAGGGAAAGGAUAUGAAAAUGAAAACUUUUAUGACAAUAUAAAGUUUCAUUUCUUUGGUAUUGAGAACAUACAUGUAAUGAGAACCAGCUUAAAUAAGCUGAUAGAAUUACAAAGGACGACAACGAUGUCUGCGUUUUUAAGCGGAUUGGAAAGUAGUGGAUGGUUAAAACACAUACGAUCCAUAUUGGAAACUGCUUGGUUUAUCGCUAGAGCGGUUUCAAAUGGCGUCAGUGUUGUAGUUCAUUGUAGCGAUGGAUGGGAUCGCACUGCCCAAGUAUGUUCAUUGAGCGCAUUGUUGUUGGAUCCAUUUUAUAGAACGAUUCAAGGUUUCCAAGCAUUGAUAGAAAAAGAUUGGCUAUCGUUUGGACAUAAAUUUAGCGACCGUUGUGGUCAUAUCAACUGUGAUAGUAAAGAGUUAGCGCCAAUAUUUACGCAGUUUAUCGAUGCAACGUACCAAUUAUUACAACAGUAUCCACACAAAUUCCAAUUUAAUGAAUUUUUUUUAUUGACCCUUCAUGAUCAUGUACACAGCUGUCAACAUGGUACUUUUAUAGGAAAUUCUGAAAAAGAAAGGCACCUUCUUAGAGUAUCAGAGAGAACAUAUUCUCUAUGGGGAUACCUAGCAAAUAAUAUGCACGAAUAUAUAAACCCGCUUUAUAAAUGCAAUCGUUUUAAUAAAGAAUCUAAUUUUGUACUUCAACCUAAAUUGGCACCGCACAGCAUCGCUUUGUGGCGAGGGAUGUAUUUUAGAUUUGAAAAUGGUAUUCAUCCGAGAGAAACAUACGAAGACUUUCUCUUAGUAAUGCACGAUCAUACUAGUUGCUUAGAAGAUCACGUCAAGCUUCUUCUAAAGAGAGUUGGUUCUUUAAAUUCAAUAAUCAAUUUAAAUAAUGUUCAAAAGAAAGGCAUACAAGGAAAAAUGAAAUUUGAUAAUAAAUUUACUAAGGAUCCGUUAUCUGAUACGAUCAUAGAAAAUACAGCAAAUCACGAGGAAAAGACGAAAUCCAAAUUAAAAAUUGCUCAGUUAGAAAAUGAACUGAAAACGGUUUCUUUAGAUUGGAAAUUAUUACGAAAUAUAGAGGAGUGCACAUGUUCUACCACGUUUGAUGCAUUUAAUAGAAAGCAUCACUGUUGGUCGUGUGGAGAAGUGCUGUGUACACGAUGUAUGGGUGCGCAUACUGUUCUAGCUGGACACUUUUCACAACGUGCAGUACCUACUUGUAAGUCAUGUAUACAAAAUUCCAGUAUUCCUUCUGCUAGUCCCUAAGUUAAUUCCUUCCGAUGUUUAUCUAACUUUGUGAUCUGUACCUAAGAUGUAUACAUACAUAUGACGUAUAACGAUUAGAUAAUGUAUCAUUAAGACACAGUUCAAGAAGUGUUAGUGAACUUAAAAAAUUUACUCUGAUGAAAAUGAAUAACCAAAGCAUGUCAAUCUUAAAUGAAAAGGAUAUACAAGUAGGAAAGUAUUACAAAUAAAAAUACGACUUUAUUUUAAUGGUUCAAUACAAAUUGUAUUAUAAUAGAUAUUCUUAUAAAAAAUGCACAAUCACUUUUAAAAAAAGACUGCUUUUAUUUUAUAUUGUAAAAUAAUUCGUUUGUUUCCUUUGAAAUUAAAACAAAGUCUUUCAAAAUAAAAUUCUUUUUAUAUACAGUAAGUAAUUUGUUUUCGUGUAAAUCUAAUUUUAGUUAAUAUAAUUGUGAUUUUAGAAAAAUAUGAAUUAUAAUUCUGUAACGUUAGUUCCGUACACUAAACAAACAAAAAUGAGUUUGCUAUGAAAGAAGAAAAGGUCUUCGUAAAGUAUUAAUUUAAUUACUUUUUAAACAAUUUCAAACUUAACAUUUAUAAAUAAUACAACUUUGUAUACUACAUAAAAGUAUUUCAUUCACAUCGUACACUUUAUUAACAUAGUGGCAAAAGAAUGAAACAUUUAAGAAAGUCUAUUACACUGAAUAAUAUUAUAAUAAAUACCUAAUAGAACAUUAACUAAAUAUUAUAAGUUUCGUAUAGAUAGUGUGUUUAAAAUACCACGUGACAUAAUUCACGGAAGUUUAAACACACGAUCAUUCGUUUGUUGUACAGAAAUUGUGAAGAAACUUAUUCUAUUAUUCGUUUUUAAUAUACAAUUAACAAAA